GUUCUCUCACCAUUACGCGCUCUCCUCCAGUCGCGUUUUCCUUACAUCGUCUGUGAGGUUCGAGAGAGUUCCACAUUUUUGCAGCACACAUCAACGGGUAUGGCGGGAGAUAGCCGUGAGCAGGCAGUGGUUGAAAAGGAAGCAGGCAACGCUGCCUACAAGAACAAGGAUUUCGAGAAUGCUCACAACCACUACGAUAAGGCCAUCCAGCUGGAUCCCACAGAUAUAUCUUUCCGUACAAACAAGGCUGCUGCCUACUUUGAGCAGAAAGAAUACCAGAAGUGCAUCGAAGAGUGUGAGAAGGCUGUGGAGACUGGCAGAGAGAAUCGGGCCGACUUCAAACUUAUUGCCAAGGCAUACGCACGUAUGGCGAAUGCCUACGUGAGGUUAGGAGACUACCCCAAUGCCAAAACCUACUACCAAAAGUCCCUCACGGAGCACAGGAUUCCCGACACACUGGCCAAGUUGUCAGAGGUUGAAAGAGUUAUUAAAGAGCAAGAGAGGAAAGCUUACAUCAACCCUGAGCUCUCACUGGAGCAGAAGAACAAAGGAAACGAACUGUUCCAGAAAGGCGAUUAUCCAUCUGCUGUGAAGCACUAUACUGAGGCCAUCAAGCGCAACCCAGAAGAUGCCCGUCUGUACAGCAACCGCGCCGCUUGCUAUCAGAAACUGGCAGAAUUUCAGCUGGCGCUGAAGGACUGUGAGGAGUGCAUCCGCCUUGACCCGGAGUUUUUGAAAGGACAUGUAAGAAAAGGCAUGGCACUCAUGGCAAUGAAGGAGCACUCCAAGGCUGUCAAUGCAUUCCAGAAAGCGUUAGAGAUUGACCCCAACAACCAGGAAGCUCUAGAUGGUUACAGGAGGUGCACCUUGGCGUCAAAUGCGGACCCAGAGGAAGUGCGAAAACGUGCGAUGGCAGAUCCAGAGAUCCAGAAAAUCCUCGGAGAUCCUGCCAUGCGUUUGAUCCUGGAACAGAUGCAGAACGAUCCCAAAGCACUGCAAGAGCACUUGAAGAACCCAGACAUUGCAAACAAGAUCCAGCGACUUUUGGAGUCUGGGUUAAUAGCCAUUCGCUGACCUUCUUGGUUCAUCAAACUAGUGUUGCCUGCUUGGUUCCAUUGGUGUGGGGGGGGGGAGCCACAAGUGUUUGCCUUCUCUGCGAGGCAUCCUCCAUCAUUUUUGUCAUUUGCUAAUACAAUAAAGAAUUUUCUGUUAUGCC